AUGUCUCAGCUCCGCUCGAGUUGGAUACCAUCAUCCCAGCCAGAAAGCCACUCCCAGAUGCGAGGAACUAAUACCAUAGAAAACGAGGCCGGGGAACGAUCCAUGGACCAGCAUCAGACAGCAGCCGACGAGCCCCCAUCGCAGUCGGAUAUAUGGAUGACCACCCUGGUCCUAGCUCAGGACAUGGCCGUGGUCUUGAAGGAAGGGGUCGAGGAGGAGGUCGGGAUGAUGUAUGAGGCCCUCGACCAAACUUUCAAAUGGAACGAACGGCGCAGAGAACGCGUCGAGAAUGCUCAUAACGAACUCCUCCGUGUCAAUAGACAGGUUGAGGCUAAGAAAGAUGCUCUGGAAAAAAUGAAAGCUAACUCGACUGCAAGAGAAAACCAAGCGGAAAUUUAUUCCCUGGACCAAUCGGCAUACGAGGAAGCUCGAAAGAUCAAGGGGCUCGAUUACAGCAUAGGUUCUGUCAAAGCUCGAACCACCAAGCUCCAAACCGAACUUGAUGAAUUAGAGCAAUCUGAACCCACUCGGUCACCCGACUUUGUCAUCGACUCUUCUGUACUCAAGACGAAACUCUAUCAUGAUUUUGGUUUUGUACAAGUUCGGACGCCUCUCCAAGAAGGCAAUAAUUCCGACCCGGAGAAGCUGUUCAUUCGCUGUGAUUCUGACUGUACGGCUUCAAGGGUCGUUCAAAAGCCCAAGACGAAUCGGGACGGGUUCACUCUAGCGAAUGAGAUUUGGGACGCAAUUUCUUGA